UGUCGGUGAAAUGCUUGUUACAGGAGGGCGGUUGACAUUCUUGGAACUGACUGGGUUCUUGUUUUGCUUAUUAUAGGUAAGCUUGAAGAAAUGCUUGUUACAUGAUAGGUACACACAUUCAUGUUGUAGGGGGAGAGUAUAAAAUUGCUGUUAUCGUAAGUAUUGUUGGAAUGCCUGUGACAGGAAUGGAGUGCUGUGAAAUUGGAUUGAUAAAAUGCUUGCAUCAGAAGGGGUCGGUAAAAAUCUUGUUACUGGAAGGGAAAAAGUUCUCAAUGAGUGACCCCGCUGACCCUGUGACGGGCCUCACAUGGCGCCAAAAGGAGGCUGUGAGGGAGAGCUGGGGGAAACUGAGCUCCGAGUGGAAGACACACGGCGUCGAGUUCUUCAUCAGGCUCUUCAAAACAUACCCGUCCAUUCUGGCAUAUUUCAAGACAUUUGAUGGUAUGGAUCUUGACGCCAUACGCAGCUCAUCUAAGCUGCGUGCGCACAUGCUGAACUUCAAACACGGAAUUACGUCAUUCGUGGAUAAUCUAGAUGACGUUGAAUGUCUUACGGUUCUCAUCCACAAGAUGACAGAAAACCAUUUCCGGCGGCAAAUAACCGUAAAUGAAUUCCAGGACGCAUUCACGCUGUUUACGACGUUCAUUCGGGAAGUGACGCAAUGUGAUGACGUCAUAAUCGGGGCGUGGAAAGCCACCUUGACUGUUAUCUCCACCGUGAUUGGUGACCAUAUGAGAACACUGCAGUACUGCGAAAACAGCAUGUGAAUGUCGGGGUGCCGGUGACAGCUUAGUCUAUAGAUGCAGUACACACCGUCAUACUGUAUACACCGACACACCGACAUAUGUGCACACCGCCAUAGUGUAUAGGCUCGACGCUUGCAGAGCACGAUACAAUAUCAGUACCUCGUAGAAUGAAGUUUUCAUAAACUAAACUCAGGAUAAUUCCAUUUGAAAUGCUUUUCUGUCUGUAUGAAAACAAUAUCAUGAAAGUUUAUGAAAUAUAUUAGCAAUUAUAGUAAAAUUGGAAUUGGAAGGCCUAUUAAGUGUCUGUAUGUGGCACUGCAAAUGUUAAAUCAGAGCUUAAUUUACUGUGUUGUAGUGUAGUAGUAAAACGCACGUUUAAACUCGAUAUUUAUGCGAGUUUUCUUUUGUCAAAUUGCUAUUAAUUCUUAAGCCUACGUUAUAUAUUAAUAGUUUUGUAAAAUUAACACAUGGCACAAUUACCGUUGUAAAAUAACCAAUUAGCACGCAAAAAUAGCCUCGAUUCUGACGUCAUUUUUUAUUUUGAAUUAAGUAACGUCUCGUUGAAUGUUGUCGAUGAAGGACGUCAAUUGUAACAACUAUUGCGACGAUUAGUAUUUUUCAUUAGUAUAUAGAUUCAUUCUCACAAGAUGUAUACCCUUAUUUUCUUAUUUGCUAAGUAUUAUUUUUUGUAUGUAAUAUUUCACUGUUUAAAUUCUCUGGCGAAACUAAUUUUCAUUCCUGCUUCACCAACGGCUAUUGUAUAACAAGUUUUGUUUUAAUGUUUCUUUAAGUUUUUUCAGUUUUUAAGAUUUUCAAAAAACGCAAUUAUGUCAUGAUGUUUAAGAACAGUUUUGUUUUUUUAUAUAAAAAAGGUAUUUUCUAUUGUGUUUGUCCAGACAUGGUUUGCCGGGCUAUGCAUAAUAUCGUCUACUUAAUCAGACGUUUUCGAAUGGGUGUUUACACAAACCAAAAAAUUUUACUAGAAACUUCAAGAUGAAAAUCAUCAACAUCUAUCUGCCUACGCCCUCCGCAAACGUUCAAUAAACCCUAAUGAUCGCAUCAGCAUGCCUUUCAUCGUAUAAUGUUUUAAGACUAAAAUAGAUAAAAUCAUAACGUGUAACCUUUCAUCUCUUAUUUGAUUUUGCUAUUAGACCCUUAUACGAAUUAACAUGAGUAGAACUCAACAAAAAAGUUUUCGGACACACGCUUUAAGCCCAUACAAUUAUAUUUUAUUACCCGAUUUUUUCGUACACCCAUAUUUCCCCCAUAUUUCCCCUAUAUCAAAAUUCUUACAAUUUGCAUUUAUCCGUUGAGCAUUGAAACUGCUUUUACAACCUUAUGAUGGUCAUUAUAACUGGCAGAUAAUGGAAAAAAGUCAAUGAAGUGUUACAUUUGCCUUACUUGGUUACAUAGGCAUGUAUACAUGAUAUACGACAUAUAAUUAAAGCAGCAUCCGACGCGGAAGGACCUCAUACACUUCGAAAUGCAUACACAUACGUUAGAUAAUGAUUCUACCGCAAGCAUAACGUUGUUAUUUAGUUGAAAUGAUCGUGGUUAGGAUGCUAUAAGGUGUGCUUAAUGUAAAGUAUCACCUCUGUUACAACUGUCAUAUAUAAUUAUACUGAUUGCUUUUUGAGGGUCAUAUUACAGAAUUGUAAGCGACAAUCUUUGCACUCUGUUGUCAAAGUUGAACCAUGUGGCAUCUUUCUGUUAAACGUCAUCACAAAUAUGAAACGGUUUUAAAAAAAUCCGACGUACCAAACCACAUCAGAAAUAUGACAUGGCAUUAUAUUUAUACCUUGGAGUAUUCAAUACUUCAUGAAGAUGUAAUUACUAACACACUCUAUUAUUUUAACAAGUGCCGCCAUACAGAAAAAUAUUAAAACGUCGAUGCAAUAAGAAUAUUUAAAUAGGGUCUCUAAGUUGUCGAAAAAUUACUUCUGUGAAUAUUGUUGAAGUAUCUUAAUUUUCAGAUAGAUACAAUUGUAUUUUAAAGCGUCCAAAAACUGAAAGAUACCAGAGUUUAUUCACAGAGAAAGGAUAUAAAUACGCCCUUAUUAAUUGAUAUUGCUUAAAAUUAUUUUGAUACAAUUUAAUAUCUUAUUUGUGCGACUCAUGUGUUUGUUAAAUGUACACAAUUGAGGCUCGGGUGAAAAAAACACUUAGUGCUUGUCUAACUUAGCCUCAUAUUAUUAAAUAUCCAUACCCGUCUAGCUAAAUAUAAAAGAAUCAAUCAGAGAUUAUUUUUUCUAAAAACCGUCCGAAAUUAUAUCAAAAUUAAUCGAAAUUAAUCAACUGCUUAAUAAUCCAAACGUUCGUAAAUUCGCCCUCUUAAUAUAUGGCAAUUAGAGACGCGCACAAAAAAUGUGUGAUCAGCAACCUUUGUGAUUGCCCGCUCUGUAUUUACAUUCUUAUCUAGAGUUAAUGUCGAAUUGUGGCAGUAUGGUUUAUAACCCUCUUCAUCUCUCGAGUAUAUAUUCUUGUUUCAGGUCCAGCUGAAAUGACUCCGUGAAGGGGCGUGGGACCUGUAAAUAAACUCUGAAGAACAACAACGAGUAUAUCUUCUUAGGUUUACAAACCACAGUUCAGUUUUAGUGUAUGCUGUAGCGAGCGUGACCAGUGCACUAAUAUAUGCUUGGAUGUAUACCAUGUGAAGACCUCUGCCUUCGGUUAGCUACGAUCGGUCGAAUAGUGCUUUACUUAGACGUGCGAAAGUACAGCCGCUGGUUUAUGCGUUUGAAAUAUUAAAUAUGAACACAUUUGUUCACGUGUUUUUUAUUUAAUAUAGCGGCAUUAAACAGAUAUUGUAUACAUCUUAUUGGAUUAAAACAGGUGUGUAUAUAACGUGUAAUUACUCUUUUAUGUUUAGUAUGUUUUCUGUGAUGAAAAAUUAAAACUUAAAAUGAUA